UUAUAUAUAAUUCACAUGACACAUCUGUGUUCAAGGAAAGAGAAUGAAGAUGAGGGGACUGUUUCCGCCCCUAAAGUUUUUCUGCUUCUUAAAUUUGUAUAUUAUUCACUAGAAAAGUUUUAUUGUCAUGAAAUAGUUACAACGUAGUAUUAUGCUCUUCGACAAGUCUUGUACAUAUUACAAUUCCUAGAAGUAAUUGUAUAUUUAUGUACACCUUUUGUACAACUUUUUUUAAUAACGAUUACGAUUUUGAAAAGAAAUUAACGUGAUCUUCAUCGAUUCGACUCAUGGCUUUACGUAUGAUGUCAGCAAUAGUGCCAAGCACACACAAUGUAACUGAUUCUAAUCAAAGUUAUGACCAUGCAACAGAGCGACAGAAACUGUUGGAAAAUUUAUUAGCUGCUGCAAAGAAAUGUCAUAUUAGAUUUGGUGGACGUACUGAAUUAGCAACUGAAUCUGAUAUAUGUGUUACGCAACUAUGCCACAUAUUUGAAUCAAUCUUUAGUCAUGGUUUGCGUACAAACUGCAUUGAAAAAAUUAAUUCAGCUUUAAGGCAUGUUUCAGACAUAGUAUCUGGUAGUAAUAUAAAAUCAUACAACACAUCAGAUAUGGCAUUUUGGCCAUGUAUAAAGGAACAGUUAACUUGGCAUGAACAAGAACGUUUCAGUGUGUUAAAAAAAGUUCAUACAGAUUAUGGCAGGGGUAGAGCAUGGCUCAGAGCUGUUUUAAAUGAACGUUCUUUAGAACGUCAUUUGCAUGCUAUACUCGAUUUUUCAAUAUUAUCUCCAUUUUAUGAAGAUUGGGCAUUUUUACUUGACCAAGAACGAAGUGCUGUAUUACCAGAUGUAGCAGCAGGACUUGGUAGUAUUUUAUUUGCAAUUAGAAUUGAUAAUGAAGAAUUAGAUAAUAAUUCAAAAAGCAAAGAACUGGAAAAACAUAAAGUUUCACUGUCUGAACCAAUUAUAUCAUCUACUAUACCAGGACCUACUUCAAAACAGAAGCAAAGAAAAAAAGUACCAACUCACAUAAUUUCUUUUGAUAAUGAAAAUGAAGAACAAGAAAAUACAGAAGCUUCCCUUUCAGUUAGUGCACCUCCAACUUGUCUUAAUUCUCCUACAGUAAUAUCAACAAAAGUUUCUACAUCACCUAGUUCAUCAGUUUUACAAUCUCAACACGAAACAAAUAAUGUUACUACAAUAACUAAUAAGGAACCUUCUGACUGGGAAAAUAGUGAAACCUUUGAAGAAGAAAAAGUAUUAACGCCAGUCACAAAUUCUGGAAAUAUGGGUGGACUAGUUCCUGUAUCACCAUUAGAUCAAACAUUGGAUGAUAUGUUGAUAGCGUUACCAAGUUACUUAGAUGACUCAUCUGAAGUAGCAGAACCUGCUGUAGAAGCUACUGAACCUCUUACAGAUUUAGAUAUUCAUACAGAUGCUGAUAGUUUAGAUAUCGAAGCGUUACGAGUAAGAUUAUUAGCCAUGACUGAAAUGUUAGAGCAAGCUAAAGAAGACGCUAUGACCAGCAGAUUACAGCUUGCUCGUUUACAAAGACAACAUCAAAAUUAUCUUGAAAGACACGAAUUACAAAUACAAGCAUUAAAUAGAGAAAAUGAAUUAUUAAGACAACAGUUACGCAAGUACGUAACGGCAGUACAAAUGUUGAGAAGAGAUUCAGAUUCUACCACAGUUUCCGAAGAAGAUCCAGCAUUAGAUUAUCAUUACGAAGCCCAACAAUAUGAAGAAAAAUUAAUUCAAGUUGCAGACAUGCAUGCAGAAUUAAUGGAAUUUAAUGCUAGAUUAACUUUACAAUUAAAUGACAGGGAUAGAUUAGUUAAAUUGUUACAAGCUGAGUUAGAGUGCCUUCGUGGCCCUAUAAAUGAAGAUGACUUACCAUUAGAACCACCAUGUCUCAUACAUAUAUGGAUUCCAUCCGCGUUUCUUACUGGACAGCCUUCUGACAUACAUCAUGUUUAUCAGAUAUACGUACGUAUUAGGGAUACCGAAUGGAAUAUAUAUAGACGAUAUGCGCAAUUUCAUGCACUUUAUAGAGAAUUAAAAAAACAUGACGCAAUUGUUACAACUUUUGAAUUCCCACCAAAGAAGACAAUAGGAAAUAAGGAUGCUAAAUUUGUGGAAGAACGACGUCAAAAAUUACAACAAUGGUUAAGACGAAUUGUUGGAAGAUUGGCACAAUGUUCUCCAGCAUUUGCAUCUAGACCAAGUAGACAAACACUUAUAUCUUUAAUGCCUUUCUUUGGUGAUAACCCUAAUACUGAGGAUUCGAGGAAAAAUAACUCUACCAGAAACACGUUUUCUUCUUCCCCUCAAUACAUGGGUUUAUAAUUAUUAACGUUUUUAUAGACAAUUUGUACAUACAUGAAGCUUUUUUAAUUUAAUGUAUAAAAUACUUAUGUUUUGCUCUAUAUGUGUGUAUUUAUAUAUAUAUAUAUAUAUAUAUUGUUGACAAUUGGAGAUACGAGCAUAUGCCUGUAUGUAACAGCUAUAAUUAAUAUACAUUCACACAUAUGCAUAUCGUUUAUAGACGAUAUAUGUAUAAAAGUAACAUGUAGUUACUAAUUAAAAGUUAAUCCUUUUUUUACAAAA